CGGCUUGUCAGGCGGGGCUCGGGCAGCUACAGCGGCGAGCCCGCGGGGCGAGAGAGCCGAGCGGGACGAUUUGAGUCCUUAAGAGACAAACCCUGAAAAAGGGCAGGGGAGAAGGUGUAACAUUCAAACCACAUGGACAGAGUGUUGGCAGCCAGAAGUCAGAUUCUUUAACAUUCUUCCUAAAAUUCUCAGACAACCACACUUUUUGUUUCUUCAUUCAUAUAUUUAAGGGAUCAUAAAAAAACCUGCAGUCUUCAUUUAGCCAGUAAAAUCUAGUUUGGAAGGCUUGGAAAAGCUUAGACUUUUAUCUGGAGAAGAUACUGAAUUUGUGUCUCAAGCCUUCUGAAGGAAAGGCAAGACCAGAACCAGUAGGUUGACCAAAACUUACAGACAAAGAAAAGGAAUUAGAACUGAUUCGAGAACACCUCUUGAUGCAAAGCCUCAGAGGUAUUUUGAUGGCAGCAUCUUGGAAUUUCAUGAGAGUAGUUCAUUAUUCCAAAACUGUUUUGUCACAGGGAGUCCAGAUAAGAGAAAUCACCAGUGAUUUUGGGCAUGCCUGGUCCAGGACUAUAACUUCAAGUUUUGUUGCCAAAACACCGACAUCAAAUACAGUGGAACUUCUUGGUAAAGCGUACCCUCGAGAUGACUACAGCAAUGUCACAGAGAAAAUUCUCUCCAAGGUGGGAAAAAACUUGCACAACCAAAAGUACCACCCUUUGUGGCUGAUCAAAGAGCGAAUAAAGGAUAAUUUUUACAAGCAGUAUAUAGGACGCUUUGGGACCCCACUCUUUUCUGUUUAUGAUGAUCUGUCCCCGGUGGUUACAGUGGAGCAGAACUUUGACAGAUUGCUUAUCCCAAAAGAUCACCCCAGCAGGAGGAAAGGGGAAAACUACUACAUGAACCACACUCACAUGCUAAGAGCACACACGUCGGCUCACCAGUGGGACUUGAUGCACUCAGGGCUGGAUGCCUUUCUGGUUGUGGGAGAUGUCUACCGCCGCGAUACGAUUGAUAGCAGCCACUAUCCAAUCUUUCACCAGAUGGAAGGAGUGCGACUCUUCUCCAAUCAUGAGUUGUUCAGCAACAUUGAAGAUGGAGAAAAUUUACAGUUGUUUGAGCAAGGGCACCGCACAGCACACAAGCAGGAGACACACACCAUGGAGGCAGUGCGGCUGGUGGAAUUCAAUCUAAAACAAGUGCUCACAAAGCUUGUGACUCAUCUCUUUGGUGAUGGACUGGAAAUUAGAUGGGUAGACUGCUACUUCCCAUUUACACACCCUUCCUUUGAGAUGGAGAUCAACUUCCAAGGAGAAUGGAUGGAGGUGCUGGGCUGUGGGGUCAUGGAGCAGCAGCUAGUUAACUCAGCUGGUGCUGAGGAGAAAAUUGGCUGGGCAUUUGGCCUGGGAUUAGAGAGGUUGGCCAUGAUACUCUAUGAUAUCCCUGACAUCCGCCUGUUCUGGAGUGAAGACGAACGCUUCCUGAAACAGUUUAGUGUGCCUCACAUUGACCAAAAAGUGCAUUUUCAGCCUCUCAGCAAAUAUCCUCCUUUGAUAAAUGACAUCUCCUUUUGGCUGCCCUCUGAGAAAUACUCUGAAAAUGACUUCUAUGAUUUAGUCCGAACCAUUGGAGGAGACUUGGUGGAAAAGGUUGCCCUCAUUGACGAAUUCACGCAUCCCAAGACAAAGAAGGUCAGCCAUUGCUAUCGUAUCACUUACCGGCACUUGGAGAGGACUCUGACUCAGCUCGAGGUGCACCACCUUCACCGAGCCAUAGAGGAAUCGGCAGUACAAGAACUGGGAGUGGAGGGUAGAUUCUAAAAUCUCUGCUUUGACAGUCACAAUUACUGCAGAUGGUUAUUUGUAAAGAAAUAAAGGGGUUUUGUGGCUAAGCGUAGAGUUUGGAAGCCUUUUGAUAAACGGGCAGUGGUAGAACUUUCAGAUCAUAAAGAUUACCAUUGAGAAAUUGUUGACAAAGCAUUUGUCCUUUAUUUUAAGAAAGAGGGUGAGGGAGCAGUAAUGUAAGAUUUCCCUCCUGUUACAUUAAGAAAUACUCUGCCUGGUGGUUUUCUGUGUUGUUAAUUGGUCCCUGGGUUCCAUUAUAGUGUAAACACUUGGCAUUAUUCCUGUGUUGACAGGGUUUUCCGUCCACGUAAUGAGUGAAGCAAAACAGAAACGCAUUUUAGCACUAAAUAGAAAAAAUGUUCACUCUUUCUUUUCUCCCCCUUCUUAUAAAAAGGGCACAUUCUGCAUCAAGAAAAACUUUCAUAAAAUAUACCUGCGAAGUUUGGAUCCGGACCCAAGUUGAUUGCUUUUGGAUUUUGGUUUGGCCUAUUCUAAAGGAAGGGAUAGAUGUUGAAUGUGACUCUGGGUGCAAAUCAGAUCUUUCCCAGAGUGCUGGGUGUUUGGAUGUGGCCUCUGGUGUGGGCUGAGGUGUACUCAGACCAAGCCAAAGAGAGCAUCUCCUCUUGACACUUCUAGAUGCAUGUGUUUCACAUGCAAAGUGUCUGUUUCAAAUCAAUGUUCCUAGCAUGUGUACUAUGGCAAAAAUGUCCAUCGCCCUCAUCAUCAGCCAAAGAUUGAUAUCGCUUAGAGGUGGAAGAGGGAAGUAUGAAAAGCAGAAAUAUGCAGGUACUUGAACUCCUAUUAUGUUGUGUUUCCUAACAGAAGUCAUCCACUGAAAGACAUGACCUAGGAGGGAGAAAACGGGUCUUUGAUGGACCCCUUUCUAGUUCAUUCACUUUGUUGAAUGCUUACGUCUUUCGUGACAGGUUAUAAUAAGCAAAUUUUGGCAGUAGAAUGACACUGGAGGCUUGUGGAAAUUUUCAAAUGGUCUGAUAAAUACUUGAUGAAGCACUCAGAUGCAGAGACGGUAGUGCGAGUGAUUCUUCUUGCCUGUAAUGAUAUUUAGUAUGGUCUUUCAGGUAACUUACAAAUUUGUUGGCUUUGCAAGGAACGUUGCCUUCUCCAGGAAAUGGAGCAGUAAAAGCAAUGCACUAAGAACCAUCCAACAUUGCUUUAUACCCGAUCACGAGACUACUGUGCAGUAAACAUGUACUCAGCCAGAAGAAGCCAGCAACUAGUGCAGAUGGGACAUGAACGGAGAGCUCAUUGUAAUUUCAUUAUUCAACAGACUUAGCUAUAUAAACAAAUUUUAAUCUAAAUCACUGUUGCACUAUCUAAAUAACUUGAUUAUAAAGACAGCAUGCUCGAUUUUUUUCUAUAAGGCAAACAGAGUAGGAGCCAUUUAUACGCCAGAAGAACCUAGUUGGUGAUCUUUAAACAAAUAUCUUUUUAAAGAGCAGGUGUCCUUAAUGGUCUUCCAUUUCAUUUGAUUCCACCCUAUUUUUAAUCUCCCGCCCUUUUAGAAUUCUCAUUAGACACUACUACAAUGAAAGGACUUUUUCAAAAAUUGCACCAGAGUGGUAAUUAGUCCUUGGCACAGCCAAGUUCAGGCAAUGUUGCCACCUGGGGACCCCAAAUCUUUAAUGAUGAAAGGGUAGUGUGAUUUUCACCGAUCACAUUGCAUGAGGAGGGGAGUACAAGCUGCUUCCUACUGUGUGAGAGCACUGAGGUAGUACCUAGAGCCUUUUGGGGACAGAUGACAUCUCGUUUCUGAUUAUGACCCUGGCUGGGGCACAUUCAGGGCUGGUGCAACCCAUUAGGUGACCUAAGUGGUUGCCUAGGGCGCUAGCAUUUGGGGGGCGGCAUUUCGGGUCCUUUGGCGGCGGUCAGAUCUUCAGCCGCCCUGGUCGUUGUCGGCGUUUAGGCGGAGGGACCUGUGGCAAUGGGGUGCGGGGAGAGCCGCAUGCAGCAAGUAAGGGGUGGUGCGGCACG